CAGAAAUGGCUGCCUCUAUGUUUAAGCUCUCUGUUUUCUUGAGCCUCCUCUCCAAUCUGAAUUUGGGUCUCUGGCCAGAAGCUCAGAAAAGCGUGGCAACAUUUCCACCAUCAUGUAACAGCAUAGAGUGCCCGAGCUAUGACUCCAUUGAAGUUGGCAAUGGCUAUGAGGUUCGUCGAUACAAUUCGAGUGAAUGGAUAUCAACUGCUCCUAUUCAGGACAUUUCUCUGGUUGCAGCCACCAGAACUGGCUUCUUACAGCUAUUUGAUUACAUUCAAGGGAAGAAUGAGUAUGGUGAGAAAAUUGAGAUGACUGCCCCAGUGCUCAGCAAAGUUCAACCAAGCGAUGGACCCUUCUGCGAGUCUUCAUUUGUGGUGAGCUUCUAUGUACCAAAGAAGAACCAAGCAAAACCACCACCGGCAGAAGGCCUCCAUGUUCAAAAAUGGACGUCUACAUAUGUGGCAGUGAGAGAAUUUGGCGGGUUUGUUUCGGACUAUGAUAUUGGAGUAGAAGCUGCUGCCUUGCAGUCCAGUCUUGCAGGCACUGUUUGGUCUAAAGCUAUUGAGAAAAGCCAUGGAGCUGAUCACACUACAAUUUAUACUGUUGCACAGUACAACUCUCCAUUUGAAUUUGAUCACAGGGUGAAUGAGAUAUGGAUGUCGUUUGAUUUAGAAGAGUAAAAUGAUGGCCAAUUCUCGUCUUUAAGAUUUGCAGCUAUCUUAUUAGAGACAGAGAUGGUGAAUGUAGUGAAUCUUAGUAGUUCAAAUCUGCUGUUUUGCAGUAGUGAGAAAUGUUGAGUUACUACUGUGUAGUUCCCAGAAAAUAAAGAGGCAGCAUGUGUUUGCAGUGAAUAAUAUUAUAGAAUUAUAGUCAAGUCUAGUUUCCUGCAUUUGCAAUACAAAAUGAGGUUCAGAAGCACCGCAUCUUGUUUCAUUGAAAGCAAC